CUUCUUCUUUCCCAGCUUUUUACCUGAGGAAUGAACUCCGAAGUCUGUCUCUCUUCCAACUAAGUCGUUCUCUGCUCCUCACUGAACCCCUCAUUCUCUCGCCGGAGCAGCUCCUACCUGUACCUGGCGAAGCCACUGGAAAAAAAAAGGAAAAAUGGGGUUGUAUUUUGUUAGUGAUCGAGCUCGAGACUAGUUGCCUCUUCUUCUGCGGCCUUCAGGUCUUCCAUUAUUUCCUCUCUUUAUGGGGUAGAAGAUUUUGGUGUUCUUUGAGUAUUUAGUGAAGUGUUCACUCUAUUUCGGACAUUUUAGAGCUUGAGCUCAAUGUGCUAUGGAAAAGGCUUUAAUCUUUGUCAGCGAAAGAGGGGCAAAUGUUCCCGAGUUUAAGCUGAAUGUAUGGGCGGGUUUUGUCUGUUUUGCAGUUCUUGGGCUAAAUUUUGAUUAGUGGGAAGUGGUUAGAGCAUAUUUCAAGAUUUGCAGCGACACCCUCCUUUGAAUCUGUUUGUUAUAUGGCCUCGCAGAUCUUUGUUCAGAUUCCCUUUAAGCGCCCUUUGGAUGAUAGCAUUGCUAAAGCUAUACUUUAUGACCGGACUUUGUGGUCUACUGAAUCAGAAAGAUCCUCAAAUUCUUUUCGGGUUUUUCUGAUUUUGUGUCUUCGUUUUGGGUAAGCUUGCCUUUGAAGUUACUGUUUGAUUGUAUGACUAAAGUGAGUUCUACUUGUCGCGGAAUCAGCUAACUGCUGCAACAUAUCAGAAAGGUUCACUCGUUUUUGGGAAUGUUUAGCUACGGUGAUGACAGUUUAUAUAUUAUGUCCGGUUGUGAGUUGCUGUUUUGGAUAAAGCAUUAAGGUAGAUUUUUUUUUUCUGCCGCCCAAUUUUUUAUGUGAGCUUUGUCUCAGUUAGUUGGAGUCCUGGUUGGGUUUUGAACGAGAAGAUGAAAACGAAUGCUGCUAGGAAGCCCCUGAAGAGCGGCGAAAUUUAUAUGCCAGAGAAGAGAACCACAAAUGGGGCUGAUGAAGUAGUUCAGACAAUAUCAAGUGAGGGAACCAAGAGCAGAAACUUGAAGGAUUCGUCUUCAACUGAGCCAAACAAGCUGGCCCUGAUGAGUAGUCCAUCUCCUGAAGCUGAAAGGUACAGCACGAGCCCAAGUAAGCCCCCAAAACCUCUCACCACUAAUGAAACUAUACUCCGAAAGAGAUCACUUAUGAAACAAAAGUCGAGGUUUGGAGAGCAACCUUUCCCUGUUGAUUCGAGCAUGUUAGACGAGGAGGCUAUUGCCUCGGUCUUGCAAGACCAGGGCUCACCUUAUAACAGGAGCCCGGCCAAUUGGGGGGCUACUCCCAGAGCUGUCCCUGUCACCCCCAGAACACCCCUGAUGGCAUCCCCCGGGCCUGUGGGAGGGGAUGACGAUGACGAUGAGAUCUACAAGAAGGUCACCCUCGAGUUGAGCCGAGCGAAGCACAAGAGAGUGAAGAUGAAGGCCCUGGUCGGGUGGAUCGCUUUUGCUUUCAUACUUGUGUGCUUGAUUUGUAGCUUAAUGGUCGAAAAGUUGCAAGAUGUUGUGAUUUGGAGCUUGGAGCUGUGGAAAUGGUGGUUGCUCGUGAUGGUCAUCUUCUCAGGUUUAUUGGUCACGAAUUGGAUCAUGCAUCUGAUUGUUUUCUUGAUUGAGAGGAACUUCUUGCUGAGGAAGAAGGUGCUUUACUUUGUGCAUGGGUUAAAGAAAAGCGUGCAGGUCUUUGUAUGGUUGGCGCUGGUUCUCCUCACAUGGAUCCUACUGUUCAAGCGCGGGAUCAAGCGGUCGGAAUUAUCACAGAAGAUCCUGUACUAUGUGACAUGGACUCUGGUUUCGGUCCUCAUUGGGUCAUUCCUUUGGUUUUUGAAGACCCUUUUCCUCAAGAUCUUGGCUUCAAACUUCCAUGUGACGACAUUCUUUGUCCGGAUUCAGGAAUCAAUCUUCCACCACUACGUUCUACAAACUCUCUCGGGCCCACCGCUCAUAGAGGACGCUCAGAGGGUUGGCAGGGCGCUGAGCGCAGGCCAGUUUAGCUUUCAAACUGUAAAAAAAGGGAAGGCGGGAAAGGAGAAAAAGGUGAUCGAUAUGGGGAAGAUACACAAGAUGAAGCGGGAUAAGGUCUCAGCCUGGACAAUGAAGAUGCUAGUUGAUGCAAUGAUGAACUCGGGGCUCUCAACAAUUUCGAACACACUUGACGAAAGUGUGAAUGACGGAGGAGGCGAACAGCCCAACAAACCAAUAACCAAUGACAUGGAGGCGAUGGCAGCUGCUUACCAUAUAUUCAGAAAUGUAGCUCAGCCAGGGUGCAAGUACUUUGACGAGGAUGAUCUAUUCAGGUUCAUGAUAAAAGAGGAGGUCAAUCUCUUCUUCCCACUCUUUGAAGGGUGGGAGACGGGUCGAAUUGACCUAAAAUCCCUGAGAAACUGGGUGAUCAAAGUCUUUCAAGGCCGUCGGGCGCUAGCACAUGCCCUGACUGACACGAAGACGGCUGUGAAGCAACUUAACAAGCUCGUGAUAGUAAUCUUGAUUGUAGUCACCAUCAUUGUGUGGCUCCUCCUGACUGAGAUAGCCACAACCAAGGUCCUUGUCCUGCUCUCGUCUCAGCUUGUCGUGGUGGCCUUUAUCUUUGGGAACACAUGCAAGACAAUCUUUGAGGCCAUCAUCUUUGUCUUUGUCAUGCACCCAUUUGACGUCGGGGACCGAUGCGUGGUUGAUGGCGUUCCGCUGCUGGUGGAGGAGAUGAACAUCUUAUCCACGGUCUUCCUGAAGCUUGACUCCGAGAAGGUAUAUUAUCCAAACUCUGUUUUGGCGACAAAACCGAUUGGCAAUUACCAUAGGAGCCCGGACAUGGGUGAUAAAGUCGAAUUCUCGAUCGAUUUCAUGACCUCUUUGGAGAGAAUCGGAGCAAUGAAAGAGCGGAUUAAGAAAUACUUGGAUGAGAAUCCAGCGCACUGGCAUGAGAACUAUGCCGUUGUGGUGAGCGAGAUUGAGGAUGUGAACAAGAUCAAGAUCUCACUGAUUGUGAACCACAAGAUGAACUUCCAAGAUUACGGGGAGAAGACCAAGCGGAAGACUGAGCUAGUACUCGAGCUGAAGAGGAUCUUCGAGGAUCUGAACAUCAAGUACAACCUCAUUCCCCAGGAGGUCCACCUGUGUCAAAGGGAUACAGAAACCAGGUGUUUGGCCAUAUAGAAUUGUUGAAGAGGUUGAUGCAGCUCCAUCGGUUCGUGGUUUUUUGACUUCUCUACGAUCUGCUAGAAGUAUGCAUUUUUGCUAUCACUGAGGUUGCUCUUCGCAAUCAAAGCAUAGCUUAGAAGCAUUAUUAGGCUGUCAAACGAUAAAAUGUUUGGCCACGAGCUUUCUUCCUGGGAGAGGAUUUUUCUAUCGAGUGUGUGUUUUUAGUGCCUGAAAAUCAUCGGAUGUUGAGAUUUCCUCUAUUAAACUUCUGUUGCGCAUAAUCUAUAAGCUGUAAGUUGACCGCAAGAAAAUGCUUCUUUGCAUUUUGACUUGGUAAUAUUCGUGUAAUAUAUCGGUUAUGUUGGCUAAGCUUUUACUUGGA